AAAAAGUUCCUUACUUGGCUCGACACCUGCGACCUUCCAUGAUGUUCUGCAGAGGCUUCAGUUGGUUCACCCGCAUUUUUGUGGCGGUGGUCAUAUUUACUGGCUACAGUCACCCAGUUCCUGUUACAGAAUCCUAUACCGGAGUCACCUUGCAUACUUUAACAACCGACAACUCAGAAUCCCUCACAGUGGGACGAGUUCAGCAGGCUGAGGAGGCCACGGCCGUGGAUCUGGGUGCUCUGCUGGACGCCGGGGACGGCGCUGUGGUUACUCUGCUGGCCGGGGACAAUACGCGGCUUGUGGCUCACAGGGCUGUCUUGGCCGCCAGGAGUCGCGUGUUUGCGGACAUGUUCCGUCGCGUCACUGUAGAGGGCAGCAGCAGCCAGCUCGUACUCUCGGACACAGAGGGUCCUGUGCUCCGCCAGGUUCUGGCAUACCUCUACACCCAGCAGGUGCCCCAGCUGCCCAGCAUGGCCCCACAGCUGCUGGUCGCCGCCGACGUAUACGGCCUCUCGGCACUGAAAGCGCACUGUGAGCAACAGGUGGUCGCCCAGCUGUCUGUCGAGACUGCGGCAGCUGCAGGUGUUAUCGCGAUUAGGCAUUCCGCCAACAGGCUGAAGCAGGCCGCCGUCGCCUUCAUAAAGGCGCACUUGCUCCGUGUGAUGGCGACGCAGGGCUGGGCUGAGGCUGUAGUUAACGACCCACAAACUAUUGUGGAGUUGACUCACCUGAUUGCAGAGACACCGACAGACACCAGCACGCCAAGCGCUGGAGAGAGCAGGACCGUCCCCUCCUCGCAGCCGCACAGUGGCCACAGCGACGACGGCCGGAGCCCAGCCACAGCUGUGCCUCCCACCUCUCCCCAGACGACUCCCCAGCCUGAUGACGUCGCCAUCUCUCUCCUGCGGGAUCUUUCUGGAGAAGAGAAGGGCAAGAUGCUGAUUGCGGCAGCUAAGGAGGGGUCAGUGAGCAAGGUGCGAACGUUGCUGACAGUGGGGGCGGAUGUGGAGGCGAAGGACGAGAACCAGCUGAACGCACUGCACUUUGCAGCAGCCAGGGGACACGUGGAGGUGGCGAGGCGUCUACUGGAGGAUGGAGCUGAUGUCAACGCCAGGGACCGCUGGCGGAAUACGCCUCUGCAUCAGGCUGCAUGGAAUGGCAAUCCGGCUGUGGUGCGGCUGCUGGCGGCAUCCUCUGCCGACUGCAACGCCAGGGAUCACACUGGGAACACGCCACUGCACGAUGCCGCACGGCGUGGCCACCCAGACACGGCGACUGCACUACUGGAGGCAGGGGCCGACAGAGAAGUGAGGAAUGACGAUGGGGAUACGCCCCUGGACCUAGCCAAGCAGAACAACCACCAGCAGCUCAUAGACAUCCUAGGAUCAAGCUAAAUAUAGUGCAAACGACUCUGGAGUAAAAUAAAAAAAAGCCUUCUAUGUGACCUUUGUUACUUAUAAAAUAAAUAAUACAGAAAAGCUUA